CGGUUGUCCAUGGUGGCGCCGACAGCAGCAUCGCCAAUGAUGCGACCGGGGUGCAAGGGCAUGGAUGUGAGGUAUGCCGUGGCGACUGACAUCAUGGGGCCCGUGGCCAUCCUAUGGGACAUAGAGAAUUGCUGUAUUCCGGCGGGCGUGCCGGCGGAAGAUGUGGCAGGUAAUAUUAGAACUGCGCUUCGUCUUCAUCCCGCCGUCAAAGGGGCGGUAACAGUCUUCUCGGCUUACGGCGAUUUCAAUCAAUUCCCUCGUCGGCUGCGGGAGGGCUGUCAGAGAACGGGCGUGAAUCUGAUUGACGUGCCGAGCGGAAGGAAAGAUGCGGCGGACAAAGCCAUCCUCGUUGAUAUGUUCUUGUUCGCUAUAGACAAUCCGCCGCCGUCUACCAUAUUCCUGAUCACAGGUGACAUCGAUUUCUCCGCGGCGUUGCACAAGUUAGGACAGCGGGGCUUCACGGUGGUUUUGGGGGUUCCCGCUGGAGUCGGGAUCUCUCCUGCUCUUUGCAGUGCUGGCACGUACGUCUGGGAUUGGCCGAGCUUGGCGCGCGGCGAGGGUCUUACUCCGGCGAAAUGGACUCCGAGACUAGGCUGGUUCUCGGCGGGAGCGACGGUGGCGGCGGCGGUCGCGGCGACGGCCGAGGCGCCUUCUGCCGCUACAACCGCCGUCGUCGCCGGCGGCGGCGGCGGCGCUGCGGCUGCCUCCUGCCCUGCAACGGCAAACACGAUGGGAAAUUCUCUUGCAUCAACCAAUGGCGUCGGAGGCUCGCGGACUCCCACUAGUAUGACCACCAUUGGUUCUCCCAACUCCCACACCUCGAAUUCCUCCCCUUGCUGUUCUCCACCGAAAAUCGGUAUGAUGUUGGGAAACGGUCAAAUAGGCCGGGAUGAACCAUGUGCAGGUGAGAAAGCUGUGGCAAACUGUGGGAGUGGCGAUGGAGGAAGAGGAGGAGAAGUAUCAGGGGAGGAUGGGGCCGAGGGGGGGGAAUCUGCAAGGGCGUGCAGAACAACAGCCGAGAGGGUUGGCAUCCACGUAGGUGGGGAAGGGGCAGAGUUGUCCUCCUCCCCUCCGACAGCGAAGUUUUCGGGUCGGGAUUUGCGACGAGAUGGAGACGAAAUUUCUACGUCGUCGCCAACUCGAGCUCAGCUCGUGGGUCGAGAAGUGUUUGUCUUGUCCGACAGUGAACGUUUCGCUCCGUUCGGUAGUCUCUCGGGAUACCAAUCGGUGCCUUCCCGGGUUGGAUUUGGGGGUGGUAACGGAGGAGGAGGAGGAGGUGGAGGAGGGAAUAUGGUGGGGAACGGCGUUGGUUUGUUGAAUGGAGGGACAUGUGGUGGCGGCGGCGGAGGAGGAGGAGGAAACAGGGGGUUGGUUAACGGUUAUGUGAGGCAAUCAAAGAAGGAAGCGGGGUGGUCUCCAGCAGCACCGUCCGAUUUGGUUGGCCUGAAGCAGCAGAUUGUAAAGCUUUUAGUGGAACACGGGGGAAAGCUGGACCUCGUGAAGGUUCCCCCGGAAUAUAGGAAGGCGUACGGAAGACCGUUGUACUUGUCGGAGUACGGGGCUUCGAAAUUGACUCAUCUUGUGGAGAAGAUGGAGGAUGCCAUGUUCGUGAGCGGAGGAGGGAUGAAGAAAAUGGUCCUUCUGAGAAAAGGGCUGACGGGGGGGGGCGGUGGAGUGGGAGCGGGCGCGGGCGCGGCGGCGGGGGGUAAGGGAGGAUUUGGGUCGACGGGAGGAGUGGGCGGGGGGCUGCAAAAUGGGGCCGUUGGGGAGUGUGCAUUUGGCGGCGGGGGGGCAGGGAUUAACUUCUCCCAUUUUACGAACGAACAACAGCAACAAGAAGUGUCUCGAAAACGAGAGACCAUGGCGGGCCUUUCCAGAGGAGGAGGAGGAGGAGAAGGAGUGAGGACAGCGAUGGCGAGAGAGAACUCGGCAGCGCGAAUGUUGUCGGGCCGGAGACUCGGUGUGGUGGGGCUGGCGGAGGCCGUCGACCCCAUGGGCGUGAGUAGCCACAGAGCGACUUCAGACGAUGACACCGGCGAGGAUAUUUUUGGUGAUAUGAGUCCAGACGAAGAGGGAGACGAGAUCAUAAUGCUUGAUGAAGAUCCGAGGGUUGUGGAAAAUCGCAAACGAGCAAGAGAUGGGGCAGCAACAGGAAUAGGUGUAGUGGGAGUAGGAGUAGGAGAAGGGUCAGCAGCAAGAUGGACGGCGACCGGGGGUUAUGUUGUGAGGCUAGGGGAUGGUGAUGGCGCGGGUGGAGCCGGCGUGGCUGUGGAGAGGGAAACAGACUUGUUUGGUAUAGUUGGAAGUGGAAGAUGCUCGCAAGCAUCAGGAGUGUUUCCUGACGGCGGUAGUUUAACGCCAGGUACAAUAACCCCCGCCGAUCGUGCCACGUGUCUUGGUGAGCACCCUCAUAUUUCAACGCUUGGGGAAGAUAGGUGGACGCAUCAUCAUCAUCAUCAUCAUAAUCUUCAUCGCCAUGAUGAUGAGGACGACCACGACGAAGAGGAAUUCCCGGAUGACGGAGGUGAGAGAUUCGUUAGUAACGGUGAGGUAUGUGCUCAAGUCGGUUUGGAAAUAUUUCGGCGGGAAGUAGAAGAACUUCUUGUCAGCCAUGCUUGCAAAAUUACCACCAAGACGUUUCCUGAACUUUACAGGCAACGAUAUGCAAGAGAGCUGGACUACAGCAGAUAUGGAGUCUUCGACUUGAUUUCCCUCAUUCAGAAGGUCUCCGACGUGGCACUUGUGGUCGAGGACGAAGCGACAAAAGCCCCAUGCGUCGUCGCCAGCUUCUGAUUGACUGUGGUGCUCGUCUUUUCUUUGUUAUCCCUCCGCAUCACUGGUGCGUCGCUUCUGGUACGCAGUUUCGUUGUUUUCUUGCCGUUGGUAUGCUGACGGUCAUUUGCCUUUGGCAUCCCCCCGCCCCCCUUCUUGUUUCUUCUUGUUUCUGAGGAGGCCUUUCUGCGUCCUUCUUGUUAACCAACCCCUCGCGUUUACGUCCACGUUCAGCUUCUACUUUUUCACCGCGUUCUCUCCUGUACAGGGCUGAGGCGCCCGGCAUUCACGUGCUUAUUUCUUUUCUCGUACAUUGUUCUUUCUGAUAAUCUUGCCUGUGGCGACAUGAAAUGCCGCCUUGCCAGGCUCUGAGCAAUCGGAAGAGGAGGAGACAAGCAGAGAAUGAGAGAGCAACACGAGGAGGAUAAAGGGACGCUGGAGGAACGAAGCAGAGAAGAUGUGUGAGCAGAUGGGAGAGGCAAGGAGAGAGGGGACAAGCAGAGAAUGAGAGAGGAACACGAACAGGGAUGAAGGGACGUUGGAGGAACGAAGCAGAGAAGAUGUGUGAGCAGAUGGGAGAGGGAAGGAGAGCCAAGGGGAGACAGAGAGGAUGUGUGAGCAGAUUGGAGAAGGAAGGAGAGCCAAGGGGAGAAGGGGCGGAGGAGGAAGGUCAAGGAGGGAGAGCGCUGUUUGAAACGAGAUCAAUUCUUGCGCGUUUCCUAAUGAAAUGAGAUCCUUACUUGUCGGCGAUUAGGUUGUGUGUCAUCAAUCGAAUCGAAGAAGUGCUGGUGGAGUCGUCGUUGUCAUGCCUUCUUCCUUAGGGCUCUUGCUCAAUGGCGGUGGAUGGUUCUCCGCUCAUGCUGACACUCCCUACCCGCGCCACACAGGUAAAGGCUGACAAAGCCGAUGAUGAUGCUUUUAGCUGGUCCACGCGCAUGUACUCGUUGUUGUUCAAUCACUCCAGUCGAUCAGUCGGUUGAUACGAGAACCGAAUCAGUGAGCGAACAUAACGGCAGGACACAAUAGCCUACGACUGGUGAUUGUCCGGAAAAAAUGUAAAUUGAUCAAUCAGUCGAUCAUUCAUGCGAUCAAUCAAUCAAUCAAUCAAUCAAUCAAUCAAUCAAUCUCGGUGAAUAUCACUGGAAUGGAUGUAGUCAGCUAGUCUAUCUAUCAAUUAGGUGAUCGGUAAAUCAACCGCUUGGUCAGCGGCCAAGCUCAGUGAAUAUCACUGGAAUGGAUGGUGUUGGCCCAAUAGAAAGGGUGAGGAUGUGACGCUGGUCGUACGGUCACGGCUGGACAAGAACGGUGCAGCUGGCGAUGGAUGCAGUAUCAUCGCAAAUACCGUUAUCUCCUCCGUUAGUUGAUUGGUAGGUGAAUCUUAUAGUUUGAUAGGUAGGUUAACAGAGGCGAUUCUUGAACAGAUGGCAGGAGAAACUGACGGGAAAGGCGCCUUUCCUCUAGCGUUCCUUGAAAUUUGGUUGCUGGAAGGGAAAAGCUCUUCGAUCGAAAUUCCGUUACCUUCUCCAUUAGUUCACCGAAUUCCGUUAUCUUCUCCGUUAGCGAGUAGUUCAUAGGUGAAUCAAUACGUUGCGUUCGU